AGAAGGUUGUCAUUGACAAUCGAAAAUGAUAUUCCAACACAUUCGAAUAAAUGACAAUGGCAAACAAUAACACGUACUUUGGACAGACGUCUACAAGUGAUGGUAACACAAAACAAUGUUUUUACCGACCUAAACGUGAUCUAUAUACUCCAAGAGAAAAGAUAUGCAAAGGAAAUAAUAUUAAGAGUAUUAUACCAGAAUGGCCAUAUGCCAACCAAUCCACAGAACAAGAAUCGCUACUAGGAAAUGCAUUUCCAUGGCAAAGAAAAUGGUAUCUGAAAUUCGUACCACCAAAAAGCUCAGAGGAAUUACAAAUAGGACAGUAUUUGAAAUAUGAUGGUCCACUAUUAGAACACUUUAUCGCAGAUAGCCAGGAUAAGCAAAUGACACAAGAAACAUUAAACUCAACUUCAAUAUCAGCACUAAAAAGUAUGGCAAGCAAAAUAUUGUCAGGAAUGACACAAGACACACUUUCAGCAAAUUCAUAUAGACUAGCAUGUGAAAGUAAAUCAGGAUCACAAGGACGCGAACGUGAAGGAAGUACAGUUUCAUCACAUCUACGCAUGCCAGAGAACCAAGGAGGAGAAAAACGUUCAAUCCUGGCUUCGUAUACCUUAGAUAAAAAUAAGAGUCACAAAAAGAGUAAGCCAUAACACUAACAUGGGUGACACUAAGAUCUCG